GCUAGUUCCGUGAGCGCUCGGUCAUUUUCGCCUCUUUGUUUUACUGAUAGUGGAUUUAACUCGGAUCCGGCUCCACAUCCAGCGGUCCUGGCGGCUUUUAAACAGGCUUCGAUGAGAGGCUCUCCAUGAUGAGCAGCUAACAGCAUCUGCUACAACCACAGGACGAUACGUGGCUGCUGCUCCAUCACGGUCCACGCAUGGCGGUCCUCGGGAACCCCGACAUGCUGACGAGGAAGAUCAAGCUCUGUCACAUCAACGCCCACAUCACCUGUCGCCUGUGUGACGGAUACCUGAUCGACGCCACCACCGUCACCGAGUGCUUACACACCUUCUGCAGGAGCUGCCUGGUGAAGUACCUGGAGGAAAACAACACGUGCCCCACGUGUAGGAUUGUUAUUCAUCAGAGCCAUCCACUGCAGUACAUCGGCCAUGACAGAACGAUGCAAGACAUCGUCUACAAACUGGUCCCGGGGCUUCAGGAGGCGGAGAUAAAGAAGCAGAGGGAGUUCUAUCAGAAGUUGGGCAUGGAGGUGCCCGGAGACAUUAAAGGAGAGCUGUGCAACAUGAAAACUCAUCUAGAUCAACGCAACGGUGAUGCCAAAUCGGAGGACACGGCCAACAAGGAGACGGGAGAGGAGAAACCAGAGGAGGACAACGACUACCACCGUAGUGACGAGCAGGUCAGCAUUUGCUUGGAGUGCAACAGCAGCAAACUCCGGGGGCUGAAGCGCAAGUGGAUCCGCUGCUCAGCACAAGCCACCGUCCUCCACCUCAAGAAGUUCAUCGCCAAAAAGCUCAACCUGACAUCGUUCAACGAGCUGGACAUUUUAUGCAAUGAAGAAAUCUUGGGAAAGGACCACACUUUGAAAUUUGUUGUUGUGACGAGAUGGAGAUUUAAGAAAUCUCCGCUCCUGCUUCAUUACAGACCCAAGAUGGACCUGCUGUAGCUACAACGGACACAAUGGUUG